AUGCCGGAUGCCGAGGCAGCAGUCGCAGAGGUGCCAGCUGCUGAGGAAGCCGCCGUGGAUAUGCCAGACGACGAGGUCCUGGUCGUGGAACCGACGCGGGCCACCCUGGUGGAAGUCCCUUCGGCCGUUUCUGUCGUGCCUACCUUGGCCGUUACCGCGUUCGUCGAGCCAUUGCCGUUCGCUCCUCGUCGUCCAGGCGGCAUCGUGAUCCGCUCGCCUCCCCGGUCGUCACUGUCGCUACCCGCGAUCGCUAUGAGUAUGCCCGCGGCGCCGCGGUCCCAGGACUCGACGGUAGUGACUGAGCUUGCAGUGGUCGAGGCUAUAGCUACCGACGCACCGAGCCCGCCGCCUGUCUCCUCAACGGUCCUGACCGAGCUUGUGGUUGCAGAAGCUCCUGGCGCGCCGUCGGCCGCUGAAGGGACCACCUCCUCCGAUGAUCUCGAGGAGUUAUAUGCCAGUCUCCAUGAAAGGCUCCGAGAGUACAUAUUCCUUAGGGUUCACCAAAUGACCACUGCUGAGGCAUUCAUGGAGUUCAGGUCCUGUCUGGAUAUGGCCAUGAUGACCGAGGGAUGCUCGCUCGAGCAAGAGCUGUCGGUGAUAAAAGACCAAGUCCAACUUGCCAUGGCCCACUUGAAGGAAAACGACCUCGUCAUCCAAAGAGAGAAUGAGAAACUUGCGCAGGUCGAGGUUGAGAUUGCCGAGCUCCAGGCCCGUCGAGAUCUCAUCCUUCAGCACCGAGAUGGUGCGGUCGCGGUCGGAACUGAGCUGAAGUCCUCGGCCAGGCAAAUUCUUAAGGCGGCGACCGAGAAAAAGAGGGCAUUGGCCAAGAGGAAGCUGAUUCGUGCGAGGUGGCAUGCCGAUAUAGAUGGUGGGGACAUUGCCUGGAGAAGGAUAACAUGCCUAAUCUGGGGGAUGUUUAGCGAGGGGGGUUUAGGUGGGCGGCCGCUCAAAGAUUUUAGGAUGUAA